UACAAGAAAAACAUGGCUGAUUUGAUUUGUAAAGUUGAUCUAUAAAAUGGAAACGUUUUACUUUACUAAAAACGCCCGUAUAAGUAGUAGUUGUUCUUAGAAAUUAACCAACAGUUUGUUACGUAGUUUUAAUUAAUUGUUAGUGUAUGUGAUCUAUGCGGAAGAAUACAAAGUUUACGUACCACAGUGAGUUCGGUUGCAAAUUGCAAAAUAGUCAAAAGGUUGAUGAGUUUGCGGUAAAUUGUAGAGUCCAGUGUGAGGUGCGAUGUCGUACCCGCCUCGGCCGCCGCUCGUGCCCUACGGGCUCGCGCCGGGGGUGGUCACCAUGCCGAUGGCCACUCACGUGAUGGUUGGUGCGUAUGGCGCGGGAGGCGCGGUGGGUGGGCGCUCAGCCCUCCUGCCCGCGCCCCCCAACCCGGGCAAGGCCGCUCAUAGACAGCGCACUGCCAAUGGGGCCAAAGAUGUGGACGGCCCUCCGGUCACUGUGUUCAUAGGCAACAUCUCGAGCCGCGCGCCGGACGCCAUGAUCCGCGCGCUGCUGGGCGCGUGCGGCGCGGUCAUCAGCUGGAAGCGCGUGAACACGUUCGGCUUCUGCGAGUUCGCGGGCCCCGAGGCGGCGCUGCGCUGCGUGCGCCUGCUUCACGAGCGCGCGCUGGCCGACAAGAAGCUACUGGCGCGCACCGACGGCAAGAUGCAGGCGCUCGUCGACACAUACAAGACGGAGCAGCGCUCGCGCAUGGCCAUCGGCGGGGAGCAGGCGCCGGGCACGGAGGGCGAGGGCUACCUGGACGCCAAGCAGCGCGCCGUGGACGAGGCGGCCGAGCGCCGGCUGCAGCAGCUCUACCGCGACUACCAGGAGGACAUCAACAACUACGAGAUCCUGCAGAAAGAGGAGGCGAUCUCGAAGACGGCGCGCGUGCUGGAGGAGGCGGACAUCUCGGAGGAGAAGCGUGACGUCAUCCACCGCGAGAUCGGCAAGUUCCGCGAGAGCAUGAAGGAGGAGGCCGACGUGGUGGUGCGCCGCAAGCGAGACAAGGACGACAAGCCCGAGCGCGAGAAGGAGAAGGAGAAGGACAGGGACAAGGACAAGGAGCGCGAGCGGGACAGGGAUAAGGAGCGCGACCGCGAACGUGAACGCGAGAGGGAGCGCGAGCGCGAGCGCGAGCGGGAGCGGGAGCGCGAGCGCGACAAGGACAGGCGACGUGCGAGCCCUGCCAGGGGCAAGGAUCGGCGCGAGGACCGCGAGAAGGAGCGCGAGCGGGAGCGCGAGGAGCGGGACCGCGAGCGGGAGCGGGAGAGAGAGCGGGAGCGGGAGAAGGAGAGGGAGCGGGAGCGAGAGAGGGAAAUCCGCGAGAGGGAGAGAGAGCGUGAGGCGCGCGAGCGGGAGCGAGAGAGGGAGCGGGACCGCGAGCGAGAGCGCGAGCGAGAACGCGAACGCGACCGCGAACGUUCCCGCGAGCGCGAGAGGGACAGAGACCGCGAGAGGGAGCGGGACAGGGAGAGAGAGCGAUCGCGCGGGCGAAGUGAGGCAGACGCACGCCGGGAGAAGGAGCUCGAGGAAGAGGCGAGAGACAAGAAGAGGCUGGAGAAGAAGGCGAGGGAGAAGGAGGCCGCCUACCAGGAGAGAUUACGUAACUGGGAGAGCCGCGAGCGGCGCAAGGGCAAAGAGUACGAGCGCGAGAAAGAGAGGGAGCGAUGCCGCGAAGAGGAGCGCGAGCGAGAGGCCAAGCGGCUCAAGCAGUUCCUCGAGGACUACGACGACGAGCGCGACGACCACAAGUACUACAAAGGCAAGGAGCUGCAGCGGCGCCUGGGGUCGCGCGUGCGCGAGGCGGAGAGCGACGCGCGCGAGCGGGCGCGCGAGCAGGACGAGUUGGAGCAGCUGCGUAAAACUGUGUUCGGCUCCCGCGCGCCGGACGACCCCGCCGCCGCGGCCGAGUUCGAGCGAGCGAGACGGCAACAGGACGAGAUGUACCGCCCUAAACUAUUGCUUGAUGUAACUCUCACAGGCGACCUGCAGAGGGAGAGGGAGAUACAGCGCGCGCGGCAGAGGGAAGAGGCGCGCAAAGAGGCUCGCGAGCGGUUGGCGCGAGAGCGAGAGCGCUACCUGCGCGCGCAGGCCACGCGCGAGCUGCCCACCGAGGCCGAGCCCAUCGACUCCGACGACAGCGGCGGCGCGGAGGCGGCGGGCGCCAUGGAGGGCGUGGAGGAGGCCGAGCCGGAGCCGGGCUCGCCCGAGGGCUCCCUCACCCCGCCCGCGCCGUCGCCGCGCCGCAAGCACCGCAAGCACAGGCACCGCGCGCCGCCCGACACGCCGCCGCACCCGCACCAGAGACAUAGCGACGGCGGCAGCACGCCCCCGCGCCCGCCCUCCGAGGAGCGCUACCACACUGGCGCGGGCGGCGGCAACAGCGCGGGCAGCUCUCCAAUCAGCAUCAGCUUCCGGCACGCCAACCCGGCGCACGCCACGCCCACCGGCGCCGCCGACACGCCCAAACCGGAGCGGCGCGGCGUGCACGCGGCCUUCGCGGACGACGACGACGAGCCGCACGCGCUGCACCCGCACCCGCACCACCCGCACCACCAGCACCACUCGCACCACAGAGGUAAAGACAAAAAGGACAAGGACAAGAGUAAAAAGGGCGACAGCAGCGAGCGCGCGGAGAAGGGGGAGAAGGGGAACAAGUGCGCGGAGGAGAAACGGAAGCACAUCAAGAGUUUGAUAGAUAAGAUCCCCACACAGAAGGAGCAGCUGUUCCAGUAUCAGCUCGAUACGGACCAGAUAGACAACGUGCUGAUGGAGAAGAAGAUCCGUCCGUGGAUCAACAAGAAGAUCAUAGAGUACAUCGGCGAGCCGGAACCGACACUGGUCGACUUCAUCUGCAGCAAGGUGCUGGCCGGCUCCGCGCCGCAGGGCAUCCUGGACGACGUGCAGAUGGUCCUGGACGAGGAGGCGGAGGUGUUCGUCGUCAAGAUGUGGCGCCUGCUCAUCUACGAGCUCGAGGCCAAGCGCGCCGGCCUGCACAAGUAGACCGCCCGACAGGACCACACCACACCACACCACACCACACCACACCACACCACACAACACCACACCACACGACUCGCCGCACCAGCAAUACAAGCUUGCUUACCGUGAACACUACAACUCAACACAUGUCGAGAAUACGAAGUACAGUACUACCACUUUAAGUUACGCUGAUAUACCUGCGCAGAGAACUUAUUUUUGAUUGACGCGAAAAUAUCUUAGCUAAUCAUAGUGCGCUAUUGGUUGUUGCCUACGCGCCUUGUAUUGUACGUGCGAGUUACAAGCGAAAUUAUAGCACAAGUCUCUGUUGCUUUUGUUGUGUUCAAAAUCUUAACGUCAAGCAAUAAGGUUUGUAUUUCAUGAACGUAGUUCGGUGUUAGUCGGCGCUAGGCUGCGCUUCUCAUGCAAACUCAUUUUGUCGAUGAGACUUGUAAAAGUGGCAGCACUGUAACGUGGUGUGUUGCGAGUUAUUAGUAUGAUUCCACCCAGUGGUGUGCAGAUCAUAGAGGUGUAAAAGCACUGCUUACCCCAGUUGUUAUAGCUCAAUGCUUAUUUUUCAUUAUGACCGAUGCAUAAGUUCCUACCUAACUAAUGCCUACCCUUGUGCAUGCCACUGAUUCCACCAUCACACACACACAUACACAUACACACACGAUAAUAAUACGAUGAAAAACACUACGCUUUAGUUUUAAAAGUUGAAAUAAUUUUUUUACAGUUUCUUAUAUUUUUAAUGAGCAAUGUAAAUUAUUUUAUAAUUGGGAAGUCCAUUGCUGAUGUUAAAAUGCGAAAAUGUGUUUGUAAGUUUGCCCUCACGUUUGCGUCGCGCCACGUCGUCACAUUUCCGGCUUUAAACUUGAAUCCACGUGGAGACGCGGGCGUCGGCUAGUGUGAACUAUAGCAAUACAUGCAAACCUGUGUACAGUUAUGAUUUUACGUUUAUAAGCCAUAUGUUAAGAUAACACACUAUAUUAUAUAUACGUAGUCAUUUUAUAACAACUUGUUAUACUUUUCGAAAAGCAAAUUCAAUGCCGAGUUGGGCCACGAAAGUAAAUUAGCGCUCUGCGAAAAUUGAGUGAAUGUAUAAAUCGGCCGAACAGAAUGUCGACUCUAAAACUAGGUGUAUUAAGGUCUAUUUUACUAUGAUGAAAUAAUAUCUCAACCUACGAAUUUUGAGAUGUACUGUACUGAUUUUUUGUUAGAUAAAGUUAAAUGUAUACAAAUCACUAUAAAUUUGAACGGAUGUAGUACGGUAUUUACGCAAAAUGGAUCAAUUCACAAAAUGUAUUACUUUUUGAGCUCUGACCAUCGCGCUCGAUGUGAACUGUACAAUGUACAUCAAACAUAUUAACGCAAUGUUUUUGUGUUUGCCUGCAGUUUUUUAUUGUAUACAAAAAGAAUAUAAAUGUAGCCAAUCUAAGAAAUGUCAAAUCAAGCUAAAGGUUUGUUAGGCAUUUUAUCAUUAAUUUUACUACAACAUAAAUUUUCUCAAAACGAAUUGAGACAAACUUUUACAAAAUGCAUAAAGUAACCAUCGAGUCACUAUGGAGUAUCUUCCGAAUAACUCUAGUGUAACUGACUUCAAAGUUGAAAGGACACAAGUAGCUUCUCGCUGAAACGCGUACGAGGCGCAUACGACCUUGUUACCGCGAACUGACAAACAAAUUAUACGAGUCAAAAACCUAACAUCAGAAGGUCUAAAGCGCUGAAAAAGUCGCGUCGCUUGCGCCUUUCUUCGAGAAGGUUUCUGCGAUCUAUGAAGUCGACUAUGAAAAACUAAAGUAUAUACUGUAACACUUAAAGUGUGAAUACACUGGCGCCGAUUCUCAAGUCUUUCUCUAAACUAUUAGAGUAUCUGCAUCUUUUUCCUUUUAGUAUUGCUAAAAAAGGACAGAAAAUUAUUUUUAAAUUAAAGACUACUCUUUUUUUUCCUCUCUCGUCUGGCUUUUCACAGAUUAGCUAAUGUCAAGUUUGUAGUUAUUUGUAACAUUGACUCUUUAACAUCUAUUUCAACUCUAUUUGAAGGUGCGCUCACAUUUUAGGUGGCAUUUUAGAAUGUAUAAUUUUAAAAGAGUGAGUGAGACGUGAAUAAGAGUGUGAAAUGGAAAGAAAGAGCGAGUAUGUGUUUGUUUCAUCGCAUGGAUACAAGAUACGAGGUAAUACUGUAGCAAUUAAUAAAGUAUUCCAAAAG